CGACGCGAUAAUACCUUUGGUAAAAUGAAAGAUUAGAAACUUCGAAUUUACAAAAAUGAGUGCAACGCCUCCUACACCAAUAUAUAUAUUUCGCGGACAUGAAGAUCAGAUAAAUCAUUUGGAAUUUUAUCAAAACAAUACUAAAUUAAUUUCUGGGGAUGCUGAAGGAAAUAUCAUCAUAUGGGACAUGAAAAUAAAGCGUCCCAUAUUAAAAUUUAAAGCACAUAAUAAAGGAAUUCUAAGAUGUUUAGUUUUAAAUGACAAAUUGAUCAGCCAUGGUAGAGAUAAUUUAUUAAAAGUUUGGAAAAUUGAUCAAAAUUCUUCAAAUUUUACUAAAACAGAAGAAAAGAUUGUAGAAAUUAAUGAUGAAGAUGAAAACAAUGAGCAGAAAGAUUCUGAUGAAUUAUUAUCCAAACUCGAAAAAAGUUUGUCAGUAAAUUCAUUGAAUUUUUGUAAAUUUGAUUAUUGCUUUAAAGGAGAAAAUAAUCAAGAUAUUUUGAUCGCAGUACCAAGUUCAAAAGAAUCUACUGCUAUUGAUAUAUGGGAUCUUUCAAAUCAACAAUUUAUAACCUCAGUAGAACCUGAUAUAAAACAGGAAAUAGGUUAUUGCAUGGCUAUGAAAUUUUUUCAACAUCCAACAAUCAAAUCUAGAUUUUUACUUUUAGCAGUAUAUGAAAAUGGUGGUUUAAUUUUAUGGACAUUAACUCCUAAUAAAUCUGACAAUAAUGUUAGUAAUUGGUUAUUUUCUUUUAAACAAUUAUGGAUCGUAAAGGAACAUAAGGAAACAGCAUUAGCGUUGGAUGUUUCAAUGAAUCGAAAAUUUGCAAUUUCUACUGCAGGAGAUAAUAAAAUUGUAAAAUAUAUUUUUGAUGAGAACUUUGAAAAAGAACCUUUAAUCAAUAAUAUCGUAAUAAAGUAUUCUGGAGUUGCUGAUAUUAAAAUACGAUCUGAUUCAAAAAUUUUUGCUACUGCCGGAUGGGAUUCAAAUAUACGUAUUUUUUCUUCAAAAACUAUGAAGCCAUUAGCAAUAUUAUCGUAUCAUAAAGAAAGUGUUUAUUCAUUAGCAUUUACUUAUAUUUUUUCAUAUGAGGAUAGUGAUACUUUAACUGAAAAUGAUAUUCAAGAUCAUUUUUUAGUAGGUGGUGGAAAAGAUAAUAAAAUUAGUUUAUGGAAAAUUUAUUAAAAAAUAUGUUUUGCAAAAUUUUCUUAGUUAAAUAUUUAUUUAUAAGGAGCCAAAUAAUUUACAAAAUAUUAAAAAACAGAAAUUGUAUAAAAUUUA